UUCACGGAGAGGAGGGGGAAAAAGACAGUGCGAUUUGACGGUGGGACCAAUGUCGGCGGCCCUCAGGAGGAUUGGUCUUGGGAGGCCGAUCGGCAGGGUAGCCAAGACAGCGCGACCAAAGACUCCGGGAUAGACACCUCUAGCACGUUCACGAGCAGUGAGGACAGCAACAGGGGCGACCUGCCCAAGCAUCCGUUAUCCUGGAAAACGAGCAAAGACGGCCAGAAGAUCAUUGGCCACAUGGUGUUGCGAAAGCAGCCCGGCUCCGGAAGCAGUAGUAGCAUACUCGGGCUGAAAGUGGUCGGCGGCAAACUGUUGGAGGAUGGCUCGAUGGGCGCCGUCAUUGAGAAGGUGAAGAAGGGUAGCACGGCCGACAUAGAAGGUCAACUAAGACCCGGUGACGAGGUGAUCAAGUGGAACGGCAGGUCCCUGCAGGGCAAGAGCUUCUGCGACGUUUACGACAUCAUCGCCGAGUCGAGGCAGGAGCCCCAAGUGGAGCUGGUAGUUUCGCGGAAUCUGUCGUCGACGAGCGGGCCGGCGACGAUGCCUGCCGGGCCGAUGCUUGUCGGGCCGAUCCCUCCGAUGCCCGCAGCGCCGAUGCCGCCGAGGAGGAUCGCCGCGCAGAUCCAGUGGAGGCAGAAGCACCCGGAGACGAUAUCCGAGUCGCAACAACCGCAUCACAAAGUUCCACGAAUUUCUUGCAUUUGCCCCGAAACUCGAACGUCACUCAAUAUUCUCCCGGCUACUACCCACCGCCUGUAUUCCAAGAUUCGGUGUGUCCUAGUAAAAGAUCGUCGAACCCACGUCCCCGUUUGCCCGACGUUUUACGAGUUUGUUCGCGAAUUUUGUGUACACCUUCUUCUAUUCACCGCGAUACGAAGCAUCGAGAGAGCCAAGUUGUACGACGCGAGGCGCGAGAAACCUUCGGUUUUAGUGACCUCGCCCGGCUCGCCGGAUCUGCACGCUCAAGGACGCGCCAGGCAUCUCCGACACGUUUCAUCCGGCAACGCGAACGUCGGCGGUAAUCUGCAGGUGAAGCUGAGCUUCGAUCCUGCGGCGCUACGGUUGAUCGUCACGUUGAUCUGCGCGGCUGGGCUCAUGCCCAAGAGCAACGGCCAAAAUAGAAAUCCCUACGUCAAGAUCUUCCUGCUUCCGGACAAGAGCGAGAAGUCGAAGAGGCGGACGAAGACGCUGGCGAACACGAACGACCCGAAGUGGAAUCAAACGAUUAUCUUCGACGGGAUCAGGUGUUCCGAGCUGAGGAAAAGAGCGUUGCAGAUCACCGUGUGGGACUACAACAAGUACGACACGAACGAUUUCCUCGGCGAAACGGUGCUGGAACUGGCGACCGCUCGCCUCGACGAGGAGCCGGAAUGGCACCCGCUGGCCGACCACUGUGAACACCGAUACAUUGGAUGCUAUCAGGAGCCCGAUGACGCAGUGAUAACUCCGGUGGACUGCCAUCUCAGUCCACCGUCGACGACGUCGCGGGUGAGCGACUCUGACACUUCCGAAUGCGAUAUCACGGACUGCGACGUCUCCAGGGAGCAAAGGAGAACAGCUGACGGUGCCAGUAUAAGCAGUAUCGGCAGUUCCUCCAGCCACUAUUCCAGCCCCCCGCCGGAGAAGGAGCUGUGCGUCGACGGGGAGCAUCGAAGUCGAAGGGACAUGUCGCCGCAAGGGCGCAAACGAGCCGCCCUCAUGAUACGAGACCAGCCGGCGUCUAUUUCUGGCUAUCAGACCUACCGCAAGGACGAUAUUCACCGAGGAAUGAUGAGCCACAGGUCGCACAGUGCAGCGCCCAUGGACUCGAGCCUGCGGUACCGCGGAAGGUCUCAAAGUCCCACCGGUCAUCGCUCUCUGUCUCCGCCGGAACACAGAUCCAUGCCCUACUUGCACGGUUACGUUCCGCCCAGAUUCAGUUCGAGGUCGGCGACAGCUACCCCAACCGGUAGUCCGAAGAAGAGACAACUGCCCCCGAUCCCGGUGGCUCUGAAGGAAAAGGCUGCCCCGGAUCUCGAGGAACGUGCCAGACUCAUAAGGCACCGCAAUAGGCAGGUGCACACCACGUACAGGAGCACGGGCAUCGGAGGUUGGGAGAAACACUACAGCGGACUGUCGGACUCGGAUCUGCUCUCGAUAGAUCACGAUCCGUUGUCGUUGCCGCACAGUCACCUGUACCGAAUGCCCAGACCGCGAAGGGGACACUUGAGCCCCGACAAAGACGUACUUGGCGAUCUCGGUGACUCCGAUAUGGAGAGUAUAACCUCCGUGACGAGCAGUGCCUUCAGUACGCAAUCGGAACAACCAUGUGGCUCUAGAGGACUAAUACCGACAGUUAAAAACGUUUUAAUACCCGGUGUCAUAUCCCCUAUGCCCCUGCCCCCUAGGCGCAAUAGGCGCAGGCACAGACUUAGGGUACCCUGCAGCGAAUGUCACUGUCCGAACAACAAUCCCACCAAGCCCACCAGGAGCAACAACCCCAGCAAGCACAAUCCCACCCCGCAUCCCCUCGUACGGAGCAAGUCCGCAGUGGUACGCUCGUUGUACAGAAAGAUGCGUACGCCGUUCACGAGGUCGCAGACCGUCGACGAGAACAUGCUGAGAUAUUACAGCCCGGAGACCAGCGAGUACAGCGUCUCCGAGGGUUACAUGCUCAAGCCAGAGGAGCUAACCGGUAGCUCCAAGAAUCGUAUACCGGAGAUAUACGUGGAGGAUUGCCUUCAGGUCGACUUCAACGAUCGUCUCAUCGAGAAGUUUCGCGACAGAUACUCGUCGCCCUAUCAACUGGAUCACUCCGGUAUGCGUAGGCGGUCGCGUAGCUGGCAGGACCGCGCCGCCGGCCGGGCCGUGAAAUCCCGGCACCACUUGUUCUCGAGAGGCUUGCACGACGUAACGGACGAUCACGGCAUUAGGAACCUAGACGUUAGCUUACGGCCGCGUAGAUCUUUUUUAUUCUCGAAGGCUAGGAGCUUCGACUACGACGUGCUGCACGACACCUACGCCGAUCGUUACGGGCUAAACGCCGACAUGCUCUCGCGCAGAGCCAAGAGUUUCGAGUACGACACGAUAUCAAGCAACAUAUUCAGCGACGACAGCCUGAGGACCGCGCGUCGCAAACUGAAGAAGAACCUGGCCAUCAACGACGCCGGCUACGGCGACAAGAUACCAGCCCUCGGCGAUCGGAGUAAGUCGUAUUUCGAUUCGAACGGCGACGACAAGGUGCCGAAGAUUUUGCACCUCGACCGACAGAAGAGCUACGACAGCUACGCGCAGGCGAAGAAGGAUCGGGGCAAGCCGUUCUACGGAUACGACUCGGAAUUCAGCUGCGGCGAGACGGAGAUCUAUGUGCCCCUGUUCAACCAACAGACAUUCCCGGUGGGCGUGGACCUUGCCAUGGGCGAUGGUUACCAUUCGUACGACCUCUCCGAGGAGAAUUCGUUCAGUAGCGACGAUCAGAUCAGCCUGAGGAACGUUCUCGGCCGCGAGGACCCGACGAAACGAAAGUACAGGGACUCGACGUUCCAGGAACACGAUCCCGCGUUCAGUCGCGGCCUGUCCGAGAAACGAACCAAGAGUCUCGACAGCGGCGACCCGGCCAACGAGCAUAUCUACUGCAGCAUCGACGAGGCGCUGUCGUCCGCGGAGACGUCCUACCGUCGCCGGGACGUCGCACGCUCGUUGAUGCACGCCGCCGCCUCCGAUCGUUCCAAGCGAUACGACAAUCAGAGAGCCUCGUCCCGUCGUUCGAGUCGAAGACGAACGAAAAGCAGCGAGUCGUACUUGGAGAACGGUUACCACGGCUACGACUGGGACGGCUACGACGAGUACGACGAAGGUUUCAUCGACAGGGAGUACGACGACGACGCCGACCGACGAUUGUACGACUACGGGGACGAGAGUGGAAUGCCAAGAGCUGACGUGGAAACGUACGAGGACGAUUAUUACAGAGGAAGGGAGAGCGGUCGAAGCGGAAGACAGCGGAGGAAGAGGUCGUCGCGAGCGUACGUCGAAAGCGAGUACGUGGACGACUAUCGCGAGUAUCGUUCCGCCGAGGAGUACGACUAUCAAGCGCACAGUGGAGCGGAGUGUGAUCGGGUUGACGCGUACCAGGCGGGCAACACGUUCCCGCGAAGGCGAAGGAGGAGAAGUCGAAGAGGGAGCAGGGAAGUCAGCGGUGUCAGUCCGGGUGUCUACGAGAACUUGCCGUAUCGCGAGAUGUCGGUGUCGAGCAUGAGAGACACGUUGGCCGUGCCGAGCUUCUCCGAGAGCAAGCGGAUAAUGCUGCAACGAGCAGAAUCGACGCCGGUUCUACGCUCGGACGAGGAACUCAGCUCGUCGGAGAGAGCAGAGAGAGCCAGACGACUGUACCGCCGGAAACGGAACAGCAGCUGCCCGGAGGCCAGGGAGCUUCGAUACUACGAUCCUCCGCGAAGAAAGAUUGAAGAGAGAAGUACGAACUUCAUUCUGGACUCGGACGAGGAUUUCGGCUCGAUGGAGACGGUCGUGUGCGCGGACUGUUUCCGCCAGAAGAACGGGACCGAGGCCGCGAUGGUUAGCGAGGGUAUGGUUAGUCCGGGCUACUACGACGGGGGGCGCGAGGCUACUCGCGAGGGUUACGUAGUAGACUCAAGAUACGAGUACGAGAACGUACGGGCACGCGAUUCAUACGCAGAAUCAUACGAGCUGGCUAGGUCGGACUCGCGGUAUCGCGGUAGGCGUAAGACUAGCUGUCCGGAGUGUCGGGAAUUAGCGAUGUCGUACGAGUUAGGUAGGUCUGGCUCGUUCUCGCGUUCGAGCGGAGGAGAGAGGAGACCUUCGGUAGAAUCGAGGUAUAGGUACCGUAGGCGAAAUAGCAGUUGCCCGGAGGCUAGGGACCUCGAGCUGCUCGAGAAGAGGCAGCAACAGCAACGCCAUCAGCAAGCGUCCCAGCAGCAUCCGAGUCAACAACAGCAGCAGGGUAGUAAGAGGAACGUAGCGAUCAGCGACACCCUCGAGUAUUACGAGUACUCGAUGGAGAGCGAGAGCCAGUGCAGCGAGAACUGCGGAUUUGGCCCGUGCGAUCCGCGUAGGCCCCGUAACCGAGCACCCCACCCCGGUAACGCUAAUUCAAGUCUCUUUGAUUCCCAAACCGCUACCUCCGACACUGCUAAAAACUACCACCCACGGGCCGUCGAUCACCACCACGAAACCUCACGAAACACGAAAUCGUCGACGCGCGACAACCUCGACGAUAACGCCGUGGGCACGUCUGCGUCCCCGACGUCGUCGAUCCGACGGCGUUCGCGGAAAAAAACUGUCGCUGACGACGAUGCCGCCGCCGCCGCUGCCGCCGUCAACGAACAACAACGACAACAACAACGUGACGACGCGCGGGAUUCUCGCCGAUCCUCAUCCAUGCCCGAAAGCAGCGAGUACAUCAGUCAGUCGGGCUUGUACGAGAAGCCGUCCAGGAGCCAGUUAGGCGAUAACAAGCACGACGACUAUAAAAGGGGUCAGUUCAUCAGGAGUCUCAGUAACACCAACGCGCCGCAGGGCGAGAAAGUCGACGGUAGUUUGAGCGACACGGCGAUCGGUUUGAACAUGGAGGACUCGAGAAGGGGUCGCAAAAGUUCGCCAGGGAGUAGCAGCGGCGGCGGAAGCGCGAUGCAGUAUCAGCCAGGUCUUGGGAAGAAAAGUAACAGCACCAGUCAGCUGUCCGCCACAGGUAACACAUCGUCACAC